CCGGGUCCUCUUUCAAACAAACACACACCACCACGCUCUACAUCCCUCACACACAAAUGCCAGCAUACUCAUACACAUGCAAUCCAAUAACCAGAGCACCAUCAGCCCGAGCUGCCUGUCGCUGCCGGUGGCAGCUCUCACUGCUUCACCGAAACACAAAGCCGGGAGCCUGUUGGAAGAGGAGUUCCUGCUGCCUUCUUAGCACAAACGAGAGUAGAGGAUAGAGCUGGGGACCUCAUUUUGGUGGUGGUAGAUAAUUUAUCAUCAGUAAAGAGUAGAGUCAGAGGGGGGAAGGUGAGUGAAUGCUUUCCAGUCCAGCUGCUGUUGCUGCUGCUGCUGGAGAAAGAGGAAGAGGAGGAGGAAGCUCUGUAUCUGGAGAGGCUGGAGGAGCAGCAGCAUUUUGCUGUGCAGCCAGAGCCAACGGCCACAAGUGAUCAGAGCACCACCAGACUUGUAGAUGUAGAAGGGGCACAGAGCAAGUUCUAGUCCUGGGUGUCUGGCCCAGUGAUUUAACCCCAGACAGGAGACAGAGAAAGAGGCAAAAAAAAAAAAGAAAAGAAAAAAGCCAUGGGGGUUAGCUUCUACCAGAAUUCAGGCUGGCUCCUGCCUUUCCUGUUCUUGCUGCUGAUGAUCACAGUGUCGUCCACCCAAAGCCAAGGAUGCCCCCAGCGUUGUGAUUGCAUUGCCAAGCCGAAGACAGUGUCCUGCUUCGGUAAACGUCUGUCCACACUGCCAGAUGGAAUUCCAUUGGACACCAAGAUCCUGGAUCUUAGUGGGAAUAAACUUCGCUGGGUAGAACAUGGUGACCUGCUUCCAUAUCUACGCCUUGAGAAGCUGGAUCUGAGUGAUAACAUGAUAAGUGUCCUGGAACCUAAUUCUUUCUCUAGUCUCCAAAACUUGCAGUCACUUUCACUGAAGGGUAACCAGUUGAAACUUGUUCCCAUGGGGGCUUUCUCACGUCUCUCCAAUUUAACUUCAUUGGACCUUAGCGGAAAUAAGAUCGUAAUUCUUCUGGAUUUCACUUUUCAAGACUUAAAAAGCUUGAAGAAUCUUGAUGUUGGAGACAAUGAUCUGGUUUACAUAUCAAAUAAAGCCUUUCUGGGUCUAGUAGGACUGAGGGAGCUGACGAUUGAGAGAUGCAACCUGACUUCGGUUUCCAGCCAAUCUUUGUCUUACCUGCAUAACCUAGUGACUCUACGGCUUCGCUACCUCAGUAUCACUGCCUUAGAGGACCAAAACUUCCGAAAGCUGGGAAACCUAAGAGGCUUAGAGAUCGACCACUGGCCCUUUCUGGAAUACAUUUCCCCCCACAGCCUGCAGGGUCUUAAUUUGUCUUGGCUGUCUAUCACUCACACUAACAUCACCUCUGUGCCCACCUCUGCCCUUCGCAGUCUGGCUCACCUCACCAACCUCAACCUCUCCUACAACCCAAUCUCUGUGCUGGAGUCCUGGGCUCUCCGUGAUCUUGUCAGGCUGAAAGAGCUUCAUCUAGUCAACACUAACCUGGCAGUAGUGCAGCCUUAUGCACUAGGUGGUCUGCGGCAAAUCCGCCUUCUUAACUUUUCCACUAACAACUUGGUGACCCUGGAAGAUGGAGCCUUUCAGUCUGUUAACACUCUGGACACACUGCGUUUGGAUGGAAACCCUCUGGCCUGCGACUGCCGCUUGCUCUGGAUCCUUCAGCGCAGGAAGACCUUAAAUUUUGAUGGUGCCUCUCCUGUAUGUAUGACACCUGUUGAGGUGCAAGGACGGGCUCUCAACGCUUUCUCUGACUCAGCUCUAUUUGACCAUUUUACCUGUCAGAAGCCCAAAAUCCGCAACAGGAAACUGCAGCAGGUAUCGGCCCGUGAAGGGCAGGUAGUGUCAUUCAUUUGCAGGGCAGAAGGUGAGCCGACUCCCGUGAUAUUCUGGAUUUCUCCUCAGCGCCGCCGCAUAACCACAAAGAGCAGCGGCCGUCUAACUGUGUUGCCAGAGGGCACACUAGAAAUACGGUAUGCCCAGGUAACAGACAGUGGAACAUACAUUUGCAUCGCUAGCAACGCUGGUGGGAAUGACACCUAUUUUGCCACACUUACAGUAAAUGGGCUCCCACUAGAUACAGCCCUCCUGGCCAACCGUACCUAUUAUGCUGGGGACCUUAAUGACACAAACUUGAACGAUACCAGAGUCUUCCUGAAAUUCACCCUUGACCUCAAGACCAUCCUCAUAUCAACAGCUAUGGGCUGUAUCAUGUUUCUGGGAGUGGUUCUGUUCUGUUUCAUUCUUCUGUUUGUGUGGAGUCGAGGGAGAGGACAGCACAAGAACAAUUUCUCAGUAGAAUAUUCUUUCAGAAAAGUGGAUGGACCCGCAGCCAGUGGAGGACAGGGUGGAGCACGCAAGUUCAACAUGAAAAUGAUUUGAUUGUUCAGACCUCAUCACCUUCCUAGUAUUCUUUCUGGAAUACUGUUUAGAAGCAGUCACAUACUAAGACUGAGAAAGAAAGGAACACAGCAGACAUUUAAAUGAACCUUUCUGUCAGGAAAUCUUCUUAUUCGAUCAUUUACAACACAUUUUAUUGAGGCAAGAUUUAUUAUUGGAAAAAUACUGUAUGCAUGCAAAAAAACAAACAAAAAAAAAAACAAAAACAAAAAACA